CGAGUGUUCAUGACGCUGUGGCUGAGACGGACGCUACUACUGGCACCUUCUCCAGGAUUUUCCCUGACAAAAUGGCAGUGGAAAAGCGCUUGGCAUAUUCUAUUGUGCAGUUCCUCAGAGAUCAGACGCACAGUGGCUCGCUGAAUUCAGGUGAACAGGAGAGCCUGGAAGUUGCUAUACAGUGUCUGGAGACCACAUUCAAGUUCAGCUCGAGUGACUUCCAUCUUGACGGCCCCCAGCCACUGAGAGAGAUAUUCCUCAAUUCCCUUCUCAAAAAUGAUAUUGUUACAUUACCUGAAUCGCCUCCAUCCCCAGAGGACAUUGAGAGAGCUGAACAGCUUAAAAAUGAAGGAAAUAACCACAUGAAAGAAGAGAAUUAUAGCAGUGCUGUGGACUGUUAUACAAAAGCUAUUGAGUUGGACCAAAGAAAUGCUGUUUAUUACUGUAACAGAGCUGCAGCACACAGCAAAAUUGGAAACUACACAGAGGCGACAGUCGAUUGUGAACGAGCGAUUGCAAUUGAUUCCUCAUACAGUAAAGCUUAUGGCAGAAUGGGAUUGGCACUUACUUCUAUGAGCAAGUAUCCAGAGGCGAUAUCUUAUUUUAAAAAAGCACUGGUGUUAGAUCCUGAAAACGACACCUACAAAUCAAACCUGAAGAUUGCGGAGCAAAAACAAAAAGAAGCAUCCAGCCCUACGGCCGCAGGACUGGGGUUUGACAUGGCCAGCCUCAUUAAUAACCCUGCAUUCAUUAGCAUGGCUGCAAGUGUGAUGCAAAACCAGCAAGUGCAACAACUCAUGUCAGGCAUGAUGUCAAAUGCAGUCAGGGGGCCUGCAGCCGGAGUUGGAGGAUUAUCUGACAUAUCCAGUCUCAUUGAAGCCGGGCAGCAGUUUGCUCAGCAGAUCCAGCAGCAGAACCCAGAACUGAUCGAGCAGCUGAGGAAUCACAUACGGAGUCGCUCAUUCAGCGGCAGUGCAGAAGAACACUCCUGAUCCCAGCAGGUUUUAUUAGGGUCAAGAAGCAAGGGAUGGCUGGCAGAAGGGAAGAGUUGUCUUCAGUUCAGCAGAAUCCCAGAUGGGCAAUGUGGCACUUUAUAUAGAUGCAUCAGGGAGGAAAAGGAAAAACACAUUAACAAUCAACUUAUACCGAGAAAAUUAUCUUAACACCUGACUGAGGUUUCUUUGUGUUUGUCUGUGUAGAUGUUUCAGUAAACUGUUCUUUUAUAAAUGUAGCUGCAGUAGCUAUGUUUCCAUCCAAGUUGCGAAUUUAAUUUAUGCGAAAAAACAUAUGAUCGCAAAAACAAUGUGCGUUUCCAUCCAAGGGUGUUCAAAAGGAUGAAAUUGUAGCCACUGUGAGUGUUUUAUUAAUAAAAUACUGGCGCUUUAGAGCAAGCAGACAAAACACUGUAAAGAACUUUUUCUCGUGUUUGGGAGCGUCAUCACGUCACACACUUCUGGGAGCACUAUAUAUAUAUAUAUAUAUGUGUGUGUUCAUUCAUCCUUAUGACUAUACCUAUAUAUCUAGAAGAUAUUUUUCAAAAGUGUCAAUAAACCUUCUGUUUCAUACAGUUUAAGUUUGUUUUCCACUCUGUAGGCUUUGGAUUUUCAGAUGCAAUGAUUGGUCCGCUGGUUAGUCCAAUUAUGAAUUCAUUAUUCAGUCACAAUAGGAAUUUAUUCAGUAAAUGUGUUUCUAUCAUAGUUUAUGUGCAUUUCUUCAUAUCAAAUUAAAAAUGUAUCCACCACAAGCGAGCGUUUAAAUUUAUGCGCAUUUUGGAGAUUUAUUCGCAUAUUGGUGUUUCCAUCCAGCAGUUUUAAUGCAAUAUCCCAAAAUGCGCAUAAAAAAACAUUGAUGGAAACAUAGCUAGUGACACAUCAGAGUUGAGUUUACUUCACAAAUGACCAGUCAUAAUGUUGUGCCUAUUAACUUUAGAAGCGGGGCUAUGGUCAUUGAUGUCCAAGGAGAUGUAAAGGGAUAGUUCACCCAAAAAAUACGAUCUUCAUUUACUCCCACUGUUGUUCCUAAUCUGUAUGGAUUUUUCUUUCGUGGAACACAAAAGGAGAACGACAUUAGUGUGAAUAAAUGAUGAGGUAAACUAUCUUUUUAACACAUUAUCUGGUUUUCGUAAUACAUAUUCUGUUCGUUUUAGGAACAAGAGACAUCUAUGUGCAAUAAAUAAUCACUAUAUCGGCUGCUUCACCAGUCCUGUUUUACUUUAUUCAUCAGUAAUGACUAUUAAAUAAUGUCGCUGUAAUUGGCAUAUUUUGCAUAUUCUUUUGCAUGCUCUAUAGUCUGAUAUUUGCGGUCAGAUAAAUGAUGCUUGUAAAUCACAGAGCAGUAUAAUGUUUUGUCAUAAAAAAUGUCAA